GAUCAUCGCAUCAACAACAUAACAAUGAGUGGAAGAGGCAAAACCGGAGGCAAGGCUAGGGCGAAGGCCAAGACUCGAUCAUCCAGGGCUGGACUCCAGUUCCCCGUGGGCCGUGUCCACAGGCUUCUCCGCAAAGGCAAUUAUGCUCAGCGUGUCGGCGCUGGUGCACCGGUCUACCUGGCCGCUGUGCUCGAGUACUUGACCGCUGAGAUCUUGGAGUUGGCUGGUAACGCUGCCCGCGACAACAAGAAGACCCGUAUCAUCCCCCGCCAUUUGCAGCUGGCCGUCCGCAACGACGAGGAGUUGAACAAACUGCUUGGCGGAGUGACCAUUGCUCAGGGUGGUGUGCUGCCUAACAUCCAGGCUGUGCUUCUGCCCAAGAAGACUGAGAAGUCAAAGUAAAUCACUUCGUCUUUCAACAAAACAAAAGGCUCUUUUAAGAGCCACCCAUGCAUAUCUUUUAAAAGCUU